AUGCUAAGUUGGAUACCAGAUCUUCUUAUUGAUCAAAAUUUCUGCGUCCAUGUUGGUCGAUCGCUACCUACGUGCUACUCCGCCUCCAGUGGAGUCCCCCAAGGCUCUGUUCUUGGUCCCCUUUUCUUUGUGGUCAUUGUCAACGACCUGCCUGGGUUGCUGCAAAGCCCAUCCCUCAUGUAUGCAGAUGACAUCAAAAUGUGGCGUACAAUGGAGGGUGAGGAGAAUUGGAGUACUCUUCAAGCGGAUCUGAACAACCUGGCCCAGUGGGCGGCCACCUGGGCACUUCCAGUCAUCACCGCGGAGUGUGAUCACCUGAACCUGGGGCGUACUGAAUCAGAGGUGGUCUACAACUUCCAGGGAACCACAUUGCGCAGAACAUUGUGCGAGAAAAACCUGGGAGUUUUGGUGACGUCAUCAUUAAAGACCUGA